AGUUGUGGGUGGAGAUCGCAUUCUUCAAGAGUGUCUAUGAAGACAUUGGAAAUUGCAGUAAAAAGUGUGGGAGCAUAACUCUCAGCUAAAGAUCUGGGGACAUCGAUAAUCAUCGUUUUGCAUUGUUCUGCCGAAACCCCUGGGGAGCGAUGGAUUUUUACAGGACCAGAAAGUGCUACCCUGCAAUUUUCAGAUCUAACUCCCCGUAUUUUGUAAAGGAUGUGCUAAUCUGUUGUCCAAAGCUAUAAGUUACUAUUGCAGCAGAUUGCUGAACUGUUAUCUUAAGGAACGAUUGGGGAUGAUAGUGAUUGCUGUGUGUGUGCACAUGACUGAGAGAUCACCCCCAAGUAUCAAAAACGGAGAUGCAAGAAGGAGACACACUUCAUGGCUAUACUAUCAACAGUGUAACAGAUGUUCCAGAAUUUGAUCUUGUUGCAGUUCAGCUAACCCACAAUAGAACUGGUGCUAAACACCUCCAUCUUGCUAGAGAUGAUGAUAACAAUUCUUUUGGUGUUGCUUUUCGAACAGUACCAAGAGACAGCAGUGGUGUAGCUCAUAUUCUGGAACAUACAGUUCUCUGUGGUUCACGAAAGUACCCUGUUAGAGAUCCAUUCUUUAAAAUGAUGAACCGCUCCAUGGCUACUUUUAUGAAUGCUUUUACAGGUAUGUGUUGCUAUGUGGUAUGCAGAUAGUGAAUCCUACAUACUUAGAGCUUAGCUUUAUCACCAUUUUUAGAACUAGUGUUGUGAAUCAAACUUCUGUGUUCGUGAUGCCAUCUAGUUACGUACAUAAUACUCCAGGCUAA